CAAAUCACGUCGCUGCUCGAUCUUAUCGAGUUCAAUGCGGAGCACAACCCCGACCACGUGUUUUGCUUACAAGCCAGCGUUGCACCGGACCGGGGCCCUGCCGUGGAUACGGAUCUCGGAAGGCCGGCCUUUGAAAGCCGCACCAUCCGGUUCCGGGAGCUGGACUCGGCCGUGGCCACUUGCGCGGCUCGGCUGAGUAAUCUUCGGCAGCUGGACGACCAGGGGAAGCCCAAGACCCUGGCGUUGUACCUCGAGAGUGACGUGGGCCUCUUCAUCCACCUGGCCGCCGUGCUCUCCCUCGACGUGCCGGUCCUCCUGCUCUCGGCUCGGCUGGCAGCGCCGAGCGUGCAACACCUGCUCGACAGGACCGGAUGCGAUACGGUGCUGGUUUCGACCCGUACCAGGCCCAUCCUCGCCGGUUCCGUUGCGGAUCAUGUCCGGCUCCAAGUGGCAGAGCCAUACCUGGCGUUUCUUGAAGAUUCACGAGACGGCAACAGCAUCAACGGCAACACCAACGGCAGCAGCAACGGCAGCCUCAUCAAGACGGGCAGGGAAACCCGCCCAUGGAAGUCCGGGAAGUCUUCCUUAAUACUCCACUCGUCCGGUACGACGGGGUUCCCCAUCAAGCCCAUCGAGCUAAGCUCGCGAUAUUCGCUGGUGUAUGCCGCCUGCCACGAGUUCCCGGAGGAGGAUCAGAUCGACUGGACGAACCUCUCGACGCUCCCGCUGUACCACGGGUUCGGGCUGCUGGCGCCGUGCCUGUCCCUCUCGAUCGGCAUGACCUGUUGCUUCCCGCCGUCCUCUAUUAUCCCCGCCGGCCGCUCAACCCUCGCGCUGAUGGAAGAGUUCGACUGCCGCUCCCUCAUGACCGUCCCCAGCAUCGUCGGCGAGCUCCUGGCCGUCGGCGGCGGCGCCAUCGCCCCCGAGCACGGCACCCGCCUCGCCGAGGCCGGCAUCCGCAUCCUCAACCACUACGGCGUCACCGAGAUCGGCGCCAUCGCGUCCAUCUUCCGCCCCGGCCCGGACUACAACUGGCGCUACCUCCGUCUGCGGACCGACCUCAACUUGGAGCUCCGCCCGUCAGACCCUUCGUCGUCGUCAUCGCCAUCGUCGUCCUCGUCGUCCUCCUCCUCCUCCUCCGGCAACCGUUGGCGGCUGGUGGGCUGGCCCAUCGGCUGGGACGGGCGGCCGUUCGAGAUCCAGGACGAGCUGGAGCGCAACCCGGACGCGCCGCCCGGCCGCCUCAAGGUCCGCAUCCUCGGGCGCGUCGACGACGUCAUCGUGCUCAAGACGGGCGAGAAGGUGCUGCCGCUGCCGCUCGAGUCGGCGCUCAACGCCCACCCGGCGGUCAAGACGGCCGUGUGUCUGGGCCAGGGCCACUUCGAGGUGGUCGUCCUGGUGGAGCCGAGAGAGGAGGAGCAGCAGCAGCAGCAGAAGGAGGAGGAGGAUCUGGUGAACGCGGUCUGGGAAACCAUCGCGCACAUCAACCCGACGCUGGACCGCCACGCGCGCGUGACAUCCAAGGCGGCCGUCAUCGUCAAGCCGGCGCACAAGGCGAUCCCGCGGACGGACAAGGGGUCUAUCAGCCGCCGGCUGGUGCACGAUGUAUUUGCCGAGGAGAUGCGGGCCGCCUACGCGGCUGUCGAGAGCGAGGCUGGCGGCGGCGGCGGCAGUCUCCUCGGCGACGUCGAGUCGGGCCUCCGCAAGAUGGUCGCCCAGGUGUUUACGCAGGGAGACGCCGUCGACGUCCACCGCGACCUCUUCGAGCAGGGCAUGGACUCCCUGCAGGCCUUGCGGCUGGCUCGCCUGGUCAACUCGGCCGUCGCGAGCGUGAGGCCCGACCAGGGGGGCCAGUCGGUAGCCUCUGCCGAGUUCAUCUACCGGCAUCCGUCCAUCGCCAAGCUCACCAAGGCCGUGCGAGAGCUGCUGCCGCAAGACGGUCUGUCCUCCAGGGACGAAGGAGAAGAAGAAGAAGAAGAAGAACGGGGGGCGCGGAUGAGGUCCCUGGCGUCUGCAUUCGCAGCCAGCGUUACCAAGAUCGAGCCCCCCCGUGCCCGUGUCCUGUUGACGGGUCCCACGGGCGGCCUGGGAGUGCAGGUACUGUCCCGGUUGGUCAAGAGGGCGGACGUCGACAAGGUCAUUUGCGUGUGCAGGUCUUCCGCCGCCGGCGCCGGCGCCGGUGGGGCCGCGUCGAGGCUCCGGGCGGCGCUGUCGGGCGCCGGCAUUUCCCUGAGCGAGAGCGAGCGGGACAAGAUCGAGACGGUCGAGGACUCGCGGUUGCAGUCGGACCCGGCCACGGCGUCGCGGCUCGCCGGCGUCGUCACCCACAUCGUGCACCUGGCGUGGCCCAUGGACUUUCACCGCACGCUCGACAGCUUCGAGCCGCACCUGCGCAUGCUGACGGCCCUGAUCGAGCUCGGGCGGAGCGCGAGCGCGCACGCGGCGGACCCGGCCCGAGGGCGGCGGCAAGGGCGGCGGCGGCAGCGGCCUGUCCGGCUCGUCUUCGCCUCGUCCAUCGCCGCCGUGCGACACCACCGGGACGGGCCGAGGGUGCCGGAGCGCAUCAUGGACGACCCAGCCACCGCCGCGCCCAUCGGCUACGCCGAGGCCAAGUGGGUGUGCGAGCACGUCAUAGCCUCGACGGCCGACGCGUUAAGGGAUGAAAUCGAACCCGUCGCCGUCCGUAUCGGGCAGCUGAGCGGCCCCGAGCACACCGGAGGCAUCUGGAAGACGGGCGAGCAUGUUCCCGCGCUGGUCAAGGCCGGCCAGAAGAUUGGGGCUCUGCCAUCGCUGCGUGGUACCAUCUCCUGGAUUCCCAUGGACCGCGCGGCGCGUGCUCUCGUGGACAUCUUGUUCCACGGCGAGAGGCUGAACACGCCGAUCUUGCACCUCGAGAACCCCGUGAGGCAGCCGGCUCGCGACGUCAUGGACAUCAUCGCGUACGAGCUCGGUCUCCGCGGGCCGAACCGCCUGCUGCCGUAUGACGAGUGGCUGCGGCGCGCCCGCGAGACGGGCACCAUUGAUUCGCUGGUUGAUUUCUUCGAGAACCAUUUCCGGACGCUGGCGCUGGGCGACAUCAUCUUGGACACUACCGAGUCGAGGCGCAUCUCGGAAACCUUGCGCAGAUCUGGUGGCCUGGGUGCCGAUCUGAUUGCAAAGUAUGUGCGCGACUGGACGAAGCAGGGUUUUCUGGCA